AACUCUGAUAUUUGACAGCUAUAACGACAUUUUGUUUAAAAAGUGUUUUAUUUUUCGUUAAGUGAAAUUGAUUCAACAUUUUAAUCCUCUUUUAAAUAAUUCAACGAAAUUUUGCGAAAAUAUGGAGGAACUAUAUAAAAGUUUCGACUUCCUUAUUGAAGAAAAUAGACGAAAGACCUUCAAAAAGUGGGUAUUUAGCGACAGAGAUAUCUGCAAUGCAGAUAAGAUGGCAGAAGCUGGGUUCGUUUUCAUAGGAGACAAAACCGAGCCAGACGCCGUGAAAUGCUUUUUAUGUAACAAAUUACUGGAUGGUUGGGAAGCUACAGAUGACCCGUGGUUAGAGCACUUAAAACAUGCCCCGAAGUGUUUAUUUGCUAAAUUUCAGAAAGCCCAAGGCAAUUUGACGUUGAGCCAAUUAAUUGAUGUUGUAGAUGCUUUAACUGAGCAGAUAAUUACAUUGUAUUUUGACAAAAUAGGUGAUGAGGUGGAACAGAAAUUUGAAGAAUAUGAACAGAAGAUAAUGUCUAUGUUACAGGCUUUGUGAAGGUAAAUUUUAGCAGCCUUCAGAAUUCUAGCUUGUGUAUUAUUUUCUUUGAGUUGUAAUAAUAUUUCAUUUAAAAGUAUUGCAUGCAAUUCGAUUAAAUAUAUGUUAAAAUGUAAGUAGAUCAUAAAUUAUAUUUUUAUAAGAGAAAGUACAAUUCUAAAAGUUAUUA